AUGACACCAUCCAAAGAGUAUUUUGAAGACUUUAGGAUCCAGGAAUUGGAAUCCUGUGCAGCGAUAUAUGAUAACUUUGUCGUUGACGCUUGUAAAUUUCAAGGCUCAAUAAGCAUCCCCAUCGAAACUACUUCAACAGUUUUAAAUCUUGUGAGUCGCACUAAUGGAAAAGAGACUAUAGUGUCUUCACGAAAUGUUCAUUAUCUACACCCUAUAGAGUUGAAAGUUUCAUUAGUUGAUGGUUACCCAGAACAGAAUCCGCCACUUCUUGAGCUCCAUUGGCCUGACUUGAGUGAUAAAGAAGAUGAUAUUUGCCGAGACCUUUUACAGAUAUGGCAAGACUACAAGGACCAAGUUGUGUUUAGUAUGCUUGACCACAUUUUUCAUAGUUUGGAAAACUAUAUCCCCAAUAGUAUUAAUGUUACUGAACUUGACGAAUAUCUUGCAUUGGUUGACAAUGACCGAAAGUGUUUACAAGCAAAGUUUGACUGCACAACUUUUACUUGUGAGAUAUGCCAGUCGGAUUUAAAGGGUGCACAUUGCACAAGAUUAGAAGAUUGCCAACAUGUGUUUUGCAAUGAGUGCUUAAGAGACUAUUUCGCAUCUCACAUCACUGAGGGAAGUAUUGAUAAAGUACACUGUCCAAACUUUGAGUGUACUAAAAAAUACAUAAAGACGAAAGAAGAGGUGCUCAAGCUCGAGACUUGGAUGAUGAAUAAUGAAAACGAAAAAGUGAGUGAUAUUGUAAAGACUUUACUAAUACCACCCAUUCCACCAACAGUAUUGGAAAGUUUGUUAAGUAAAGAUCUUGUUGAACGAUAUCUGACACUAUUCAAAAAUGCACAAUAUGAAUUAAUAGGCCGACUUCUUCCAAACAGAUUAGUAAAGUGUCCCAGAAUUGGUUGCGAAGAAUCUAUAUUCAGAGAAGAAUUGAAUGAACGGCUUGUUGUCUGUGCAAAGUGUCGGUAUGCGUUUUGCAACGAUUGUCGUAUGUCAUACCAUGCUAGAUUCAAGCCAUGUAAAAAAACGGCUGAAAAUGCACCAUAUGGUGGUAUACCAGUAGAAGAUUUAGAAACAUACAAUUCUUUGCCUCAAGGCUCAAACGAGAGGAAGAUUCUCAAUGCUAAGUUUGGUAUGAAAAGGAUCCUUAAGGCAGUCGAGGAGUUUGAAAUGGAUCAGCUCUUUGAGAGUUUGAUCAAGCAGGGAGGUGAUAUUAGGAAAUGUCCCAGUUGUGAAGCGGUUAUAGAAAAGACCGAAGGAUGCAACAGGAUGAAAUGCAGCGAAUGUCUAACGUGCUUUUGUUUCCAUUGCGGGAGCCAAAUUGAAAACCAUUAUGGCCAUUUUACUGAUCCCACAUCUCCUUGUUAUAAGCUCUUGUUCUUUGGAAUGCCUGGUACAGAGGAUUGA